AAACAAUCGUGUUGAAGAGUUAAACAGACCUUUUAAAUUUCUUCUAAAACAAUCGUGUUUAUUCUUCGGUUUUCGUUUUGACAACAUGAAGAUUCAACUCUUCAGUGACAAUAAUGAAUGUUGCUGUAUUCAUAGCAUUACAUCUUGGAGUUUCAAGUCAAGUCGUCGGCCUCUGCACUUUUCCAGAAGAAUGGGAUGGACUUUGGUAUGAUAGCCGUACAACAGAUGUAACACUCAAUCAAAGCUCGUCAGCCGUCCAGUCGGGCUGGACUCUCCAAGCGUACUCCUCAAGCGUGACGUCAUGGACAUGCAUGGAACAGUCCAGUGAUACAUAUCUGAUAAAAGGUGAUCAAGAGGUGGACGUGUUCGGAUCUCCACACGCAGCGUACUUGUGUUUAGCUGUAACAAAAGUCACCGGUGCUUCUUACAGAUACACGAUCGUUGCAGACGAGCAGGUGAAUGCCGGAGGUGAGCGGGUUUCCAUAAUUUCUAUCACGAGAAACGCCACUAUAACCAGUGAUUGUACAGCCGUAAGUCCGCCUGGGUUAGAGGAGUAUCACGUGAUCAUCAAAGCAGAUAAUGUUUCUGAUGUCAAACAGUAUUUCCCAGAGCCUUUGUUGGCAACACUGUAUAAUUCUAAUUAUACCAAAACUGAUCCAACUUGUGACUCUGAUGUCAUAUUAGACAUGUGUUCCGACCGUACUGAAAUGAACCGUACUGAGUGUUCAGCGGGAAACGGACAAGUUCUUGAUAGUUUGCACCAGUGUGUUACUUACGUACAAGACGGCUCACAAUAUUUUGUGUCAGUGCUAAAUCCAGCUGUCGUAGGAAGCAGUCAGCAACACUUCAGAUGCCUUGCAGUGACGAAAUUGAAUAACCAAAUAUUCAUUAGUGAUAAUAAUGGCAGUUGUGCAAAAAACCAAGAUCCACAAGUUAAACAAGCCAACGGUACAGAGGUCCUCGUUAUGUACGCCAAUGUGCUGUGUCCUUUCGUGACAAAUCCCGAGGAAGACGAUGUUGAUGUUGGCCUUAUCGUAGGAAUUCUGAUAGCCAGCCUUGUGUUCCUUACAACAAUAAUUGCCAUAUGUAUUUGUUGUUUGCGGAAGAAAUACAGGGACAAAAUAUGGACUUUUUUCCGAACAAAAUGUCAACGCAGGAUCCAACAGAAAGAUGUCCAAACAUCAAAGUUGUUUAUGGUGAAGAAAUCAUCGACAAAUGAAUCAAACGAUGAUACUGAUAUUGAUAGAAAGGAAAGUAAAACUAGUUCUAUUUUGUUUGAUAAUUGGAAAAAGACAAAGGAUUUUAGCAAAGUAAGGUUGACAAACAAGGAAAAUGAAGAUGAUCUGCAGGAUAACGGUUCACGCAAAACCGUAACCAUGACUACUCCUGUGGAAUUUCUUGACGAUACAAAGGGAGAUAUUGAGACGGGUAAAGCUCCAGUUGAUGAAAGGGGAGGUAUUCGAUCUGAUACCGGCGUUGAUCAUGCUAUUUCCAUGAAUGAAAUAGAGGAUGAGGACGUGACUUUUCAGCUCGAGAAAACCAGUGAAGGUAAGCCAGAGUUUCGUCGUCAGACUACAGAGGACGAUAUGGAACAGUUGCGAAGAAUUAACAAACAAGUUAAUUUUGAAAAACAUUUAUUUAAGAAAGAAGAUACACCUCUUGAUUCUGAAAUGACUGCAAGUGAACGAAUUUACUUUGAAAAGAGUGUUUUUGCGAAUCAAAAUGUCGAAGCAGAAAUGUAUUUAAAUGAAACCGUGGAAUCCCGUAGCUUGCCUAUCAUUGUGGAGGCUCAUGAGGAUAAAGAUAUACCUGAAUUAGAAUUAGAAAGUAUUUCAUCUAGUCCCAUUCACACGACGGAUUCUGUGUCAGUUUGUCAACAACAGCCAUUGUCACAGAUAGACAAUGGUGAAGACGCAGGAGAAAUAAAAGGAAUGGUUAUUGAGGAGAUGGAAUUUUCUUUGACAGAAGAACAGAUCACAGCCAGAUCAAGCCUUUCGGUAGCUUUAUCGUCACGACUGAGUUCCAGGAAAGUGUCAACCGCCGAAACAAUUGCAAAAGGAUUAAGAGAAUCGAUUUCCCCAUCAAAGCAAACUUCGGGAAAGAUGAAGAAACAAAGGACAUCAUCUAGGUAUUCUCUUCACUCAGCUCCAGAAUUAAGAUUAAAAUCUUACAAAUAUCCAAAACAGAGUUCCUCUGACUCCCCUGUCAUAACACGCACAUCGUCUAAAAUGUCCAAGCUAAAAAUUGCAACACUCAAACGAAAAAGACAGGAAUUCAACGAUGUACCUAGGCCUGCCAAAAUGAAGUUCAGGUGGAUUUGA